AUGGAGAAGCAACUUAAAAAGAAGUUCACUUGGAAAAUGAAUAAUGUUUCUUUUUCACAGUUGGUGAAAAUUUAUUCUGAUCAAUUCCUAGUCGGUGGAUGCAAAUGGCGUCUUUGUGCUCGUCUCAGUCCCGAGUGCCCUUCCUUGGAUUUGAUUUUGGAAGUUGCUGAAUAUGGAUCAUUGGAUUGUGGAUGGAGAAGGCACGCACGAUUUUCCCUUUAUCCAGUAGAACAGAAUUUAUUUAACGUUUCUGAACAUUAUGAAGACGAAUGGUGGUUUGAUAAGAACUCUUACAGCGAGUUAUGUGAAACCUUAUUUCCCCUGAAAGAAUUCAUAGCUGAUGACGGCAGACUUCUGAUAAACGGGGAGCUCAACAUCGUUCUCGAAAUAGAGGUUCUUGAAGUUGUUGGCGAAGUAGAUGUAACAGAGGUGACUUCAACAAUAACAGAAACUAUGGAUGUUAAUUUCUCUCAACUUCACUAUUCACAGGUGGGUGUAGUGAACCAUAUGUUUGAAAAACAUCCUGAGGUUGCAUCUGAAUUCCGUUCAAAUAACCCAAAUCUUAGAACUGGCUUCAUGAGUCUGCUACUCAGUCUUGUUGAGACUGUACGCCAGUCGUCCCAUGAGCUUCCCAAGGAUGAUCUAGCUGUUGCAUACGCUGCAUUGGAGUCCAUGACUGAAGCUGGAUUUAAGUUGGAUUGGUUGGAGAAGAAACUUGAUGACCUGUCGAAAAUUAAAGAGAAAAAAGAGGCUGGUGAGACUCGGAUGCAAGAAAUUGAGAAUGAGCUGAAAGACUUGAAACUUAAGUACUCAGAUCUCGAAGCUGAGUUGGAGAAGGAGAAAUCAGAGGUUCUGGCUGCAGAAGAACCAAUCUCACUCGAUUAUUUUAUUUAA